AUGUCACCCGGCGAGAGAGAUGAUGGCUUCGACUUCGAGGUCGGUAAACAUACUAUCCAGGGUCCCAUGAAGAUACUGUACACACCCAAGAUGACUGCUGUCUGGCCCUCUGAAAGCACACCAGAGGGGGCUGAGGCCGGGGCUGGGACAGCAGCCACUGCUGGGAAUAGCUCAGUUUCUGGGGCUGAUUCCCGGGAGUCUAACAGAGACUCUGUCGGCGGUUCUGCCGGAGGCACCGUUGUUACCAGCGGCCAAAGGCACAGCCGCUGGAGCCGCCAGGACAGUUCUGACAUCAACACAGACGAUGAGGGGGCCACUAUUCGACGCCUUACUCCCCUGGAAAGGCUUAACCUGGAUAUGUGCCAGGAUGAAAGGGUGGUCCGUGAACUAACUGUAGGCAGAAGAAUAGCUUUUUACAAGAUUAGAGGAGAGAUUGGAUGUGGAAAUUUCUCCCAUGUCAAGCUUGGAAUUCAUGCCCUCACAAAAGACAAAGUGGCCAUUAAGAUCUUAGACAAAACCAAGCUUGACCAGAAGACCCAGAGGCUGCUGUCCAGAGAGAUCUCCAGCAUGGAGAAACUGCAUCACUCCAACAUUAUACGCCUCUAUGAGGUGGUUGAGACUUUGACGCGGUUACAUCUGGUGAUGGAGUACGCAGGUGGUGGGGAGCUCUACACUAAAAUCACUACAGAAGGAAAGCUAUCUGACACUGAUGGCAAGAUCGUCUUUGCUCAGAUCCUCUCUGCUGUGAAACACAUGCAUGAAAAUGACAUUAUCCACCGUGAUCUGAAAGCAGAAAAUGUCUUCUACACCAGCAGCUCUUGUGUCAAAGUGGGCGACUUUGGCUUUAGCACUCUGAGCCGUCGUGACGAGACGCUGAACACGUUCUGUGGCUCUCCACCGUAUGCCGCACCAGAGCUCUUUCGGGACGAGCAUUAUAUUGGAAUUUUUGUCGACAUCUGGGCCCUGGGGGUGAUGCUCUUCUUUAUGAUGACGGGCACCAUGCCAUUUAGGGCAGACACUGUGGCCAAACUGAAGAGAUGCAUCAUGGAGGGGGCCUACGUCCUGCCCACCUGGGUGCCCGAGGCGUGCCAGAAGCUGAUCAGAGGGAUCCUCCAGCCCAUCCCAUCUGACCGCUGUACGGUGGAGCAGAUGGUGGGCUGUGAGUGGCUGCUCCCCGUGGACAUUCCGCACGCCAUGGAACCCUUUAAACUAGAGCCAUCUUAUCUAGCUGAAAGUGAGCCAUCUGAACUCCUGGAGGAGGAAUUGGAAGUGAAGGGAGCCCUCGAGAGUCUUGGAAUCACCUCAGAACACAUCCUUAACAACCAGGGCAAAGACUGCAGGAGCUCCAUCACUGGCAUCUACAGGAUCCUGCUGCAUCGAGCUCACAGGAGGCGGGUUGUGGAGACCAUUCCAAAAGUCACACAAAAAGUUGGACCAGCUACAACGAGUAAGAAGGAAAGAUUAAAAAUGUCGGUCGCUGAAGACCUUCCUGAGGUGGAUGGAGCAGACCUGUUGGGGCUGCUGUUCCAGGAUGGAGAAGAUGGAUCCACUGAGCCCUUCUUCCCUGAUGGAAAUGGGCUAAUUGAAUCCUGGCUGUCUGAACAAGAUAUGCUAACAGGUAUGGACACAGAGGAUUUUCUGUCCAGCCUGUUGGAUGGAGAGGACAACAUGGAAGCAAUAUGUCCCUCUAAGUCUCCAUCGGGGAGCGACAGUGGCAUUUCUGAUGACAGCAGCACCGGGGCCGGGAACAGCAAUCUCCCAGGAUGUCCGAGUCCUGAAGGCAGCGACAGUGAUGUGGUGCCUAGUCCCAGCUAUUCUCAGCCCAGCCCCCUGCACUCCGACACAGCUCUGACCUUUGAAGAGCCACAGACGGAGAACGUUGAGGCCUUGACCGUCCGAGCUGACCACAGCUACUCACUGCUGCAGGGGGGGGCCGCAGACAUGGACCUGCUGCAGAGCGUCCGGGCAGAGAAGCCAGACACAGAUGUUUUCAUUGACCUUGAUGAUCUUGUAAGCGAUGCAAUGGAUGAGGACAUCAUUGGUGAGCUUCCAUGUACUUUGGCAAUCGAGGACUUGACACAGGAUUCAUUACAGACAAACAAAGCUGAUCAAUUCCAGUUUAAAGAGAUCGUUCUCACAGAGGAGGAAAAGCGUCUUUUGGCAAAAGAGGGAGCUACCAUUCCUACUCAGAUGCCUCUCACAAAGGCCGAGGAGAGGACUCUGAAAAGGGUCAGGAGGAAAAUCCGCAACAAGCAGUCUGCCCAAGAGAGCCGCAAAAAGAAGAAAGUCUAUGUUGAUGGACUUGAAAACAGGGUUGCCAUCUGCACUGCACACAACCUGGAACUACAGAAGAAAGUCCAGAUGCUUCAGAAACAGAACAUUUCCCUGAUAGAGCAACUGCGAAAACUUCAGGCAAUUGUGAAGAUGUCGACUUUGAAGGCCAGCACAACCAGCACUUGUGUCAUGGUUUUCCUGCUGUCUUUCUGUCUCAUCAUCUUUCCAACAGUCAAUCCGUUUGGUGGAAACGCUGACAAAAAGGAACUCUACACCCCUUCCUCCAUCAUCUCCCGGACCUUGCGCUCAAUGCCCCCAGAAAGCACAGAAGGCAUAUCUUACCUUCAGCCCGAGGAGGAGGAGGAGGAGUUUGUCUUAGUGCCCCAACCCGUGGAGAACACCAAAGCCAUAUUUGCGGGCGGUCAGAAGAAUCACACCCCAGAUUACCAGAGAGUGGAGCAACCUGACUCGGAAACAGGCGUCAACAGCAACUCCUCAGCGGACUUCCCCGUUCCUGCCCAGACAGCAGAGCUGAAGCCGGGCCCGCCCCAGGAAGGAUCCAUCGACGCUGUAGUAGCAUCCGCUGUGGCAUAUGAAGUCCCAGGAUCCAAGGAUCCCUGGAUAGACCGAAGCCCUCCAUCAGUCAUUUUACAGCAGCACCGCUCUGAUGAGAUGUAGUGGGGUUUUUUUUAUAAUCAACAACCAGUAGAGGGAGCCAUAUUUCUAAUGGUACCAGAUGGAAACUAAAACUUUUAAGAGGGAAAAAAAAGGAAGGGAAAAAUAACCUUAUUCAUCCAUAUAUAGGAUCCAUUUUUUCUCACUGCUUCUCCUAUAUAAGAACAGCCUUCUUAUGUAGUUCAGUCACUUCAUUUGCACUUUGCUCUAACUCCAAUGCUUCAGAGGGAAAAAAAAAGAACUGGAGAGCUAUUUUAACACAUUUCUGCAGCGUAAACUACUGUACUCACUGAUCAGGCCGGUGCAAAUAUAGCACAUGUGCUAAAGGGCACAUGCCACUCAUGUGGCCUUAAUGGCUCUUGCCUUGUUGUACAACACGGUCCAGAUGACCGCAACCAGUUAAUUAAGUUCUGCCAGUACAGGAACAUUUAUAACUGGUAGAAGUACCUCAAGAAUACAAGUUGAUGGUAUUCUGAAUUUAUCUCCAGGUUUAGGGGGUGGGGGGUUGUUUGACACCCUCCCCAAAAUCUGAAAUGACACAGCCAUAGCAAAUUAUCUUGAAAAACAAGUAGUCCAGUGGUUUGCACUGCAAACCAGUCAGCAAUAUAUGUUGUAGAGUAGACAGUAGGCUGUUAGACGCUCAUGAAGCUUGAACAAAGUGGUAGUUUGACCACUGUAUGUAACGCUUAAGCCAUUGCAGGACAUUUGGCCACUUAGAAGACUUGAAAAUUUGUUAGUAUUUCCCUUGUAACAAGGGUAGCCAUGCUCAUUUUAAUUUUGGAAUGCUUUGUUUUUAUGUUGUACAGUAAAGCAAGAUUUAGAAAAGUAAAGAUAAAGAACAACAUGCCACACCUCUGAAUUUAUUAAUGUCAGUAAAAACCCAGCCAACUUCUGAAAAGUACAUUUGAACUGUUCUUGGGAAAGUUCUUUCCUUUCUAAGCGUUUGAAAUACCUUAGUACCCGCGUGCUAAGUGUGAGGGGUUUGGUAUUUUUGCUCAGCAAACAGUUUUGCAGGAAAGAGUACCCAAAAAUGUAAUGACCUGUUUUGUCAGUGAAGCAUUUUGUCAUUAUUUUUGUGUAUUCCUUUUGUUACUGUCAGUAAUCAAUGGUAUCCAAAUUGUAAUGAAAGUACUUUGUGAUAAUUGACAGGCAGUAAGAUUUUAGGUGUUAAUCAUGUCAAACAAAUGCACUGGCAUCUGAAAUCGUCCAUGAAUGAAAUGUAAAUACAUUGAAUGAUUGUUACUCUUUGUGUACAUAUGAUCUCUUUAUGUAUAAGACAUGUCUGGAUAUAUAUAAUAAACUUUUUUAUAUACUGUAUAAACAAGAAAAAAAUCU